AACUUGAGAUUGCAUUGUUGAUAACUGAGUGAGAAAGCUCGGUACCAUUCAGCUAAACCCGUGCUUCCCCAUUCCCGAGGCUCGCCGAGAUUUUUGCCGGAGCUCCGUUUUACAUUUUCGUCGUCAUCAUUCGGUUUAAGUUGAGUUAAAAGAGUGCAGUUUGUGCUGAAUUGAAUUAAAAGUUUUAAGAGUUUUGGGGGUUAAAUUGAGCACUUUUUGUUUCUUUUGGUAAAAAAUGGGAGGAAUGAAAGUUGGGAGCAGCUGUUUGAAUUUGUCUCAGCAUUCAGUUCCUCAUUCAUCUUCGUCCACACAGACGCUAGCUUCCGCGAUGUCUUCGCCUUCCAGACGACGUAGUUUAACUGAAGGUUUUCUGCGCUGUGCUCACACGCUGGAAAGGUCUGCUGUUUCUGGAUUUUCGUCGAAGAUUUACAGGACUAGAUCAUGUGAAGUGCCUAAUUUGAGAGGACGGACGAUUAGGCGGGGAUGCAGUGCGAAUAUGGAGGCAUUUUCGGAUGAGGAGUUUUCGAAGAAGAUUCAGGAAUUGGCUAUGCGAUUCCAGUUGUCUGAUGCUGCGGAUAGUACAGGGAGUGGUGUCGAUGAAUCGGAAUUGGAGUUGGAGGCUGAGGGGAAUCGGAAUCAGAAUCAGAGUCCAUUUCACACGUCGAGGGUUGAGCCUGUUGAGCCUCCUGAUUGGCAGGAUAUUAUUCCUCAUGGCAUAGAGCGAAAGGCGAACUCUGUUGAGCUUCCUCUUUCGCUACGGAUGAUUAAGAAGAAGAAGCAGUGGAAGCAGGGGUUUGUGGAAGUAGGAGAGACAGCGUGUACUUCGGUUAAGAAGGCGUUUUCGUCCAUGGUGUUUAUAAUUCGCGAAUUGCAGAGUUAUACUUUGCAAAUGCGAGAAGUUUUGUUUUAUGAAGAUUUACAGGGGAUUUUGGUGAGAGUGCACAAGGAAAUGAAUGCGUCGUUUGUGUGGCUAUUUCAACAAGUGUUUUCGCAUACGCCUACUUUAAUGUUGUAUGUAAUGAUACUGUUAGCAAAUUAUAGUGUGCACUCAAUGGCGAGUAACACUGCUCUUGCUGCUUCGACGCCUUUGCUAUCUUAUACAACAGAGGUUUCGGAUAUGUCAAAGCAGAAAGAUGUUGACCAGAAGUUUGAUUCUUCAUCAAUUAAGACUUAUACAGUGUCUUCUUCGAGUGGGAAGACGACUUCAGUAGGUGGAAACAAUGGCGGUGGGGGGAAAUUUCGUUCUAUUGCCAGCGGAACCGAUGGAGAUGGACGUUUUGAUGGAUCUAUUUCAUCAGAACAUCAACGAACAGUGGUUCCUGAUGGGCCAUCAUCAAUUGGAAGAACUGGAGAAGAAGAGUCGGUUUCAGGGCAAGUGACCAGGGAAGAAGAGUUAAGUUUGUGGAAUUCUGUGGUUGAGGAAGCUUCAAGUAUGCAGGCCGUCUUGAGAGAUGAGUCUCUUGAUCAUGAAACUAUGCAAAGAUUUGUUUCGCCUGUGACUGCAAAGAUUGAAUCAGAUGAAUAUGCCGAUUACUUCAAAACAGAGCUUUUCUAUCAAAAGGAGUUGCUGCAAGAGCCUAGUAACGCUCUGUUGCUGGCUAAUUACGCACAAUUUCUCUACCUAGUCGCACAUGACUAUGAUAGAGCGGAGAAUUAUUUCAAAAGGGCCACUAACGUGGAGCCUAAGGAUGCGGAAGCUAUGAGCAAAUAUGCAAGUUUCCUGUGGCAAGCGAGAAAGGACUUGUGGGCUGCUGAAGAGACUUACUUGGAAGCCAUUUCUCUUGAUCCUAGCAACUCUUACUAUGCUGCGAACUAUGCUCAUUUUCUAUGGAGCACUGGUGGUGAAGACACUUGUUUCCCUUUAUCCUCCCCCGACACGGAUUCUUCUCUCUAAACCCUUAGAAUCUAGUUCCAGUACAUUAUACAGAAACCCAGAACACUAUUGUUCAUCCACUUCAAUUUAGUGAAUCAUUUACCUUUAAGACUGAUUAAAUAUGUAAACAGAAAACAAAGAACAGACAUUUUUUCUUUUUUUAAGUUUAGAUUCUUUUUUAAGUUAUGAAGGAAAUUUUGGGGCUAUUUCGUGAGUGGAGGUUGAGAAUUUUGGGUUAAAGUGAUGGAAAAGAGAUUUGAUCUGAGAGUCAUGGCUUCUUGUGCCCAGAUUCUGUUUAGCUGUUAUUUUUACCCCUCCUUUGCCUAGGAUCUGGUGAUAAAGCCUUUGUGAGGCCAGAAAGAGGUGUAUUUGGAUUCUUCUUUACAUAUUUUUGCACAGCUUUUCAAAUAUAUUGUAUGUUAUCAGUGUGACACAAUCACAUGGCAAAUUGUAAUUAAGCUUUUGUUGAUAUAUAAAAGUCCCAACUUCUUUGAAUUA